GCCCCUUUCCAGGCCCUGGACUUGCUGAACCCCACUUCUGGCUUUCGGGGGUAGCCCCUCCAUUUGUGAGAUGGGAAGGUGUUUGCCAGGCAUAUCUGUCAUGGGGUCCUAGCUUAGAGAACCAAGAGGAGCCCAUACAUCUCUGGCUUUAAUCCCUGAGUAGAUUCUGGUCAGGGAUGGUAAGUGGGUUGCCUGAUGUGCAUGGAGUGGCAAAUGGAAGAGCCUGACCUGAAUCCCGUCCUGCUUCCAGGCUUCCAGCUCUCUAGGUGGAUUGGAGAAUGAACAGAUUUGUCGUUGACUACAGUUUACCACUCUUCAGCCUGGGGCAGGUCACCUCGCCACCUGGCUUCAGGUUGGCAAGCACGUUGACACAGGUUGCCAUUUACGUAGUUGCUGCCAUGGCCUGCUGGUAGGACCAGAGUCCCAUGCCCAGAAGCCAGUUCAGAAUGACAGAAGAAGCAUGCCGAACACGGAGUCAGAAACGAGCACUCGAACAGGAUCCAGCUGAGGACGAUGUGGAGAGCAAGAAAAUAAAAAUGGAGAGAGGAUCGUUGGCUACAGAUUUAAACACUGAUGGAGACAUGAGAGUGACGCCCGAGCCGGGAGGCCCAGCCCAAGGAUUGCUGAGGGGGGCCGAGGCGACGGCCGUGAGCAGAGGCGAAGAGCAGGCCGGUGACGGGCCUGUGGACAUGCGCACCUCACACAGUGACAUGAAGUCUGAGAAGAGAGCCCCCUCGCCUGAUGUGAUUGUGCUCUCUGACAAUGAGCAGCCCAUGAGCCCGCGGGUGAAUGGGCUUCCAAAGGAGGCCCUGCAGGAGACCAGCACUGAGUCCCUCAUGAAAAGUAGUCCUGAAGAACGAGAAAGAAUGAUUAAGCAGCUGAAAGAAGAAUUACGGUUAGAAGAAGCAAAACUUGUUUUAUUGAAAAAGUUGCGGCAGAGUCAAAUACAAAAGGAAACCACCGCCCAGAAGCCCGCAGGCUCCGCUGGGAGCACUGUGACCACCCCUCCCCCGCUUGUGCGGGGCACCCAGAACAUUCCUUCCGGCAAGCCAUCACUUCAGACCUCUUCAACUCGAAUGCCUGGUAGUGUCAUCCCACCACCCCUGGUCCGUGGUGGGCAGCAGGUGUCUUCGAAGCUAGGACCGCAGGCGAGCUCACAGGUCGUCAUGCCCCCGCUCGUCAGGGGGGCCCAGCAAAUCCACAACAUCAGACAACAUUCCAGCACGGGGCCACCGCCGCUCCUCCUGGCCCCUCGGGCAUCUGUGCCCAAUGUGCAAAUUCAGGGGCAGAGGAUCAUCCAGCAGGGCCUUAUCCGUGUCGCCAACGUCCCCAACACCAGUCUGCUCGUCAACAUCCCACAGCCCUCCCCAGCCUCACUGAAAGGAACGACAGCCACCUCUGCUCAGGGCAACUCCACCCCCACCAGUGUGACCUCUGUGGUCACAUCUGGUGAUUCUCCAGCCAGCCGGCAGGCAGCUGCCAAGCUCGCCCUGCGCAAACAGCUGGAGAAGACGCUGCUUGAAAUCCCCCCGCCCAAGCCCCCCGCCCCAGAGAUGAACUUCUUGCCCAGCGCCGCCAACAACGAAUUCAUCUACCUGGUUGGCCUGGAGGAAGUGGUACAGAACCUGCUGGAGACACAAGCGGGCAGGAUGUCAGCUGCUGUCGUGCUGUCCCGGGAGCCCUACAUGUGUGCACAGUGCAAGACGGACUUCACGUGCCGCUGGCGGGAGGAGAAGGGUGGUGCCAUCAUGUGUGAAAACUGCAUGGCGUCCAACCAGAAGAAGGCGCUCAAGGUGGAGCACACGAGCAGGCUGAAGGCUGCCUUUGUGAAGGCACUGCAGCAGGAGCAGGAGAUCGAGCAGCGCCUUCUGCAGCAGGGCCCCGCUCCUGCGCAGGCCAAAGCUGAGCCCACCACCGCCCCGCACCCCGCUCUGAAGCAGGUCAUAAAACCCCGGCGUAAGUUGGCGUUCCGCUCAGGAGAGGCCCGCGACUGGAGUAACGGGGCUGUGCUACAGGCCUCCAGCCAGCUGUCCCGGGGCUCGGCCACAGCACCCCGAGGUGUCCUGCACACGUUCAGCCAGUCGCCCAAACUGCAGAAUGCAGCCUCAGCCACAGCCUUGGUCAGCAGGACUGGCAGACAUUCCGAGAGAGCCGUUAGUUCUGGCAAGGGCAACGCCACCUCCAACUGGAAGAAGGCACCCCUGAGUACAGGUGGGGCCCUUGCAUUUGUCAGCCCGAGCUUGGCGGUGCACAAGACCUCCUCGUCCGUGGACCGCCAGCGGGAGUACCUCCUGGACAUGAUCCCACCACGCUCCAUCCCCCAGUCGGCCACGUGGAAAUAGUGCGAGCCGGCCCAGUGGAGAACAGGCUCCCUCCUCCCUCCCACCUGGCCCGCCACCCUCUGCUCGAUGGGGAAGGCACCCUGCUCCCCAAGAGAGCGAACAAGCGUCUGCCACACUGUGGCAGCAAGAGCUCUGUUCUUGGCUGCAAAAGUCUUGUUGUGGCUGGAGGGCUGCUUCACAGGUGGACGAGGAUUAUCAUUACUGGGGGACCUUUCCCGUGGGCUUCCCUCCUUUCUUUGCCUUUAGUUUGCCCAACACCAGCAGAAAAUCGGACCUCGGGGGCUGGUUCUGCUCCUGCCCUCCCCUUCAGCCCCCUCAGGGCACACGGGCGGCCUGGACACUGUGACACACUCGGGCAAGACCGGAGCCCGGGGCUUCUGAAGUUGAGUGGACCGUUCUGUUUUGUUUUUGCUUUUUCCCGUCUUAGCCUCCCAAUCUUUGCCUUCCUUCACGGCAAUCUCUAGGUUGACAAAUUUUUUUUUUUAAUCACCUCAUGAUGAUGGAGUUGAAAGUAAACCAUGCAGACCCAGGGGUUCCUGCCGAGCACAGCUCCCACGCCCCAGAGGAUGGGCCGCUGACUGACCAGCCCUUGUUCGCUCCAGCAGAAGGCCUGUGCUGCUGCUCGUCCCGGAGACCCCCCAACCUCCCAUACUUAGCAAAAGAACAAACUGCAACCCAGACCCAGCCAGAGAGCCUGGGAUGCUGGAAGCCACGCUGCUGCCCUUGGAGAAGGGAGGAGAGAAACGGCAGCAACAUACAGAGCCUGAGCGGGAAGUUGGAGGGGUGGGCUAUUGUGUGUUUUUGUUGUUGUGGUUUAUUUUAUUAAAUUUUUUCCUUUUCUUUUCCUUCUUAUUUUGAUGGACAACAUCCCAAGCUGCCCUAGCCUGUGCUCCCAGCAGGUGUGUCAGGUGGGGAGGUGCCCCUGCCCCCCCUCCCGCCAGACUUCAGGGUUUUCAUUUGGGUCUAGUUUAGAACCUUCCCUUAAAGGAGGGCCAUGCUGCCAGCGAUCGCCUUCAGGUUUUCUUUUUAACCCUCUUUAGAGUCCACAGAGAUGUCUUACAAAGGAUCAGGUCUGCUCUUAGUUGUGUUCCAUUUUGGUUUCUCCCACUCCUUAAAAAUCAUUUCCAUGAGGAAAGGCAGAAGGUGUCAUGUGCAUGCUGCACAUGAGACCAGCUCCAUGCACGUGUGAGGGCGUCCCAUGUGUGUGCACAUGCGUGUACUGAUAUGGAGACAGGUACACCACUCCCCACUUCAGCCCCUGCCCUGGUUUUUCUGUCCAUGCCGUUAGGGACUUAAUUUAAAACCUUUAUUUUGUAGGGCUGCCUUCUUCAAACACACUGCUUCAACAUUCUAAUAAAGGCUCAUUUAACCCCCUCUUCAUGUUGUGUGAAUAUCAGUGUUUAGAGACAUUUUUUGACAUGCAGUAGGAGACCUAGUUUUGCAAAACUUUCUACUUUUGUUCUGUAGAACCCUAAAUUUCUCAUUGAUUUUUGUUUUAAGUAGAUGGCUGAAGGAGGGAGGGCAGGGAAGGGUGGCUUUCAUUACAAGAUCCAGGGAUUUGGGGAGGGAAGAGGGAAAUUAACAUUCAGGAGUGGGGGAAAGGGUGUGUUUAUACACCAAAAGCUCAAGAAUAUGUAAGCGUUUCUAUUCCUCGCAUUUUUCUGUGUGCCUGGUAAAUAAAUACCUG